CCACCCGCAAACCGCGUGUGUGAAAUUCAACUAUCCGGAAAACACUGAUGCACUUUUGUGGCUGGCUUGGAGCUGUAAUCAGUCAGUCACCAAAACAACAUGCACUGACUUCAUAUCGACUGAUAAGGUCCCAUGAAUCGAUAGGAAGUGGAUUUGACAGACUGUCAGUAUGGCAGAGGGCUUUUUAAUGGAGGUGUGUGUGGACUCCGUGGAGUCUGCUGUCAAUGCUGAACGAGGAGGUGCAGGUCGACUUGAACUGUGUUCUAGUCUUCUGGAGGGAGGGCUCACUCCCAGUCUAGGUCUGCUGCAGGUAGUGAAGCAGUAUGUCAAAAUUCCAGUCUACGUGAUGAUACGGCCUCGUGGGGGGGACUUCCUGUACUCAGACCAGGAAAUGGAGGUGAUGAGGAAGGACAUAGAGCAGAUGAAGAACCAUGGCGCCGAUGGACUAGUGCUGGGAGCCCUGACAGAGGAUGGACGGGUGGACGCAGAGCUCUGUAUGGAGUUACUGGCUGCAGCUCGACCUUUGCCUGUCACCUUCCACAGAGCUUUUGACAUGGUUCAUGAUCCAGCGGUUGCUCUGGAGACGCUGCUCUCGUUAGGAUUCCAGCGUGUGUUGACAAGUGGCUGUGACAACUCUGCUUUAGAGGGACUCCCACUCAUUAAACGGCUCAUUGAUCAAGCUAAAGGGAGGAUAACCAUCAUGCCAGGAGGGGGGAUCACAGAGAGGAACCUGCAGAGAAUUUUAGAGGGGUCGGGGGCUCAAGAGUUUCAUUGCUCAGCCCGUUCCAGUAAGGAUUCUGCCAUGAAGUUCAGGAACACCUGUGUGACGAUGGGAGCUGCUUUCUCAGCACCUGAGUACGGCCUGAAGGUGGCAGAUGUGAGCAAAGUCCGCAUCCUCAAUGCAAUAGCCAGAAAUAUCUUGUGAAUGGGUACUGGACAAUCAUGACAGACAGCAAAACAGAUACCUCAAAAGUAAUCAUUUAUUUUCACUAAAGCCCAGAAUAAGUAGACAUUUCAGAAUUGCCACAGAGUGCUGUUUUCUCCUGGUUGGUCUUUUUUUUUUUUUUAAUCCUUGUAAAGUUAGACGUCAGGGAUAGGCCUGCAGCCUUCUGAGAUAUGGAGUCUAUCAAAAAAUCUCACAGUGGAGAGUGAUGAAUAAUUUACAUUUAUUAAUGUACACCUGUAUGUGGCCUCAGAAAUAGUGUACUAAAAUACACACUAAAUUGCUAAAUUAAAAAUGAUUGUGUUCUAAAACUAAGGAAAAGCACUGAUCAGUGCUGCUGCUGUUUUCAGAACAGUAUGUUUUCCAGUUGCCAUAUAGUUGACCUAUAUUUAUUUUAAGCACUCCCUAUUUACAGUUAAAGAUAAAGCAAAGCUAUGACCUCCUUUACUUUAUUUUUUACAAGGACAGAAACAUUGUGACAUGAUUCAGUUUGCUCAGAAUUUAAUUAAAGUCUUUAAAAAAAAUCACUGCA